AUGCACUACAGCACAGUGACCCGCGAAAUGGAAGCCUUCACCACCAGCAGCCUGAACAGCUUAAACGCGCCGGGCAGCUACCAUGCUCACCCUCACCCUCCUCACCCGCACCACCCUCACCCUCACCACCUCUCGCCAUCGCCCGGGGAUCCUUACAGCAGCCAGCAUGAGGGCCACUUCGAGUCUUGCCCUUCUGCGCCCCAGGCCGCGUGUUAUCCCCCGUACUCGGGCUCCGAGGCCGCACAGGGUGACCCGGCCAACACGAGCUGCUCCUCUACUUCAUCAUCUUCAUCUUCUUCAUCUUCAACCUCAACACCGAACAAGUCUCUGGUGAAAAAGAAUCCCAAAGUGGCAAACAUCAGCGUGCAGCUGGAGAUGAAGGCGCUGUGGGAUGAGUUUAAUCAGCUGGGUACUGAAAUGAUCGUCACCAAGGCUGGAAGACGAAUGUUUCCUACCUUCCAAGUGAAAAUAUUCGGGAUGGACCCAAUGGCCGACUACAUGCUUUUAAUGGAUUUCCUACCGGUCGACGAUAAACGAUAUCGGUAUGCGUUUCACAGCUCGUCGUGGUUGGUGGCCGGUAAGGCUGACCCUGCCACACCCGGGAGGGUUCACUACCACCCCGACUCCCCCGCUAAAGGAGCCCAAUGGAUGAAACAAAUCGUCUCCUUCGAUAAACUCAAACUGACCAACAACCUGCUGGACGAUAAUGGACAUAUCAUCCUGAACUCCAUGCACAGAUAUCAGCCCAGAUUUCACGUGGUUUACGUGGAUCCACGGAAGGACAGUGAGAAAUACGCAGAAGAAAACUAUAAGACUUUUGUUUUCGAGGAGACGCGAUUCACAGCAGUCACGGCUUACCAGAACCACAGAAUAACACAGCUAAAAAUCGCCAGUAAUCCGUUUGCGAAGGGAUUCAGAGACUGUGAUCCAGAAGACUGGCCCAGAAAUCACAGGCCAGGUUCACUGCCAAUAAUCAGCGCUUUCGCCCGAACAAGAAACCCCAUGUCUUCUCCACCUCAACAGAAUGGUGCUGAAAAAGACGACAGCCGGCGAGACUACGACCGAGACCCUAAUGGCACACCCAUCCACGCCGACCCUGCCCACCAGCUCAUGUCCCGUGUGCUCAGCCCGGCCCUUCCGGUGCCUGGUGGCCUCCAUGCCGUCCCCCUCACCUCUGGCCCACGUAGCCCCCCUCAUGAACUGCGUAUUGAUGGACAUCAGGCUGCGGACACACUCCACCAUCAUCCUUACAAAUACCCGAGCACCUACGAACACUACCUGGGGGUGAAAACCAGGGCGACUCCGUACCCUUUACCAAGCAUCCGAGGUCACACUUACCCUCCUCACAUGAAUCCAGCCACGGCCAACAUGUACUCAACCAGCAGCGCACCGAAUUAUGACUACGGGCCGAGAUAA